CCUUUCUUGUGACGGUCGCUGACCUUGUCCUAAUGGUCCGAUUGAGGCAGAUUAACGUUUUAAUAGAAUUGAAUGACUACAAAUAUGAAAUAUAGAAAGCCAUUCCCAACAGUAGAAUUCAGUAAUGUGUACAUGAGGAAGUACGCAUUUGGAAUUCUGUCCAUCUUUGAAUCCAUAUUCUUAUUCUUCCCUCUAUAGUUUUGUGUUUUGUUUCAAAGUAGGUGAACAAGCACCAGUUGUCCUUUGUUAACAGGUGAAAACAGCAAUGACAUGUCAACAAUCCUCUUUUCCUACUACGUAAAUGUCAUAAAGUUCUUUUGCUAUGUAAUAUAUCUACAUAUAAAACUGUAUACAUGAUAUUAUCAUUAUUAUAUGAGUCAAAUUGUCCUAAACCCGUGGUUUAAGACAAUUAUGGGUUUUUAAAAUUAAAGUUUUUCAUGAUCAUUUUCCUCCAUUCAAUUCAAUUUUCCCGGGAAAACGUUAUGAUAAUGAGGUCCCUCUCCACCAAUCCCGGUUCCGCAAACCCUCCUGGCCCCGCCUCCCGUGACGACAGAUAAGAGGAAACUGUACACCGCCAUAUAAGGAAAAUACUCCCGCAUGCGCAGUGGCGUGAGUUUUGUUUGAAGUGAACUGCUGCUGCCUGGAACUGCCCUACAAAGCUGCAAAGUCGCCAAGCAUUUUUUGCUCCUCACUGUAUUUUCUCCACAUUUUCCUCCAUAUUGUCUCUAUGCAUCGCAGAGACCAUGUUAGGUCACCACUACCCCAAUGCCGACAAGUCGCAACAACUGGUCAACUAUGUGGAGGAUUAUCUGGAAUGUGUGGAGUCCCUGCCUCUGGACAUACAAAGAAAUGUUUCCCUGCUUCGAGAAAUCGAUGCAAAGUAUCAAGAGGUGCUGAAGGAGGUGGAUGAAGUGUUUGAGAAGUACAAAGGUGAGCAGGAUGCAGCUCAGAGAAAGCGUCUGCAGAUCCAGCUGCAGAGGGCACUCAUUACCAGCCAGGAGCUGGGUGACGAGAAAAUCCACGUGGUGACCCAGAUGACGGAGCUAGUGGAGAACCGCUCCCGCCAGAUGGAUUCCCACUCCCUGUGCCUCCAGGAGCCCCCCGAGGCCGAGCGACUCCCCCCAGAGCGGCGCUCCAGUGUCCAAGAACCCCCGGCGCCUGAGCGCACCUCCAACAGACGCCCGCGGCGCCAACGCAACAGCGAGAGUCGCGACUCCAGCCACCCGUCGGCCAAUGGCUCUCUGGUGGACGACACCCCCGAGGAGCUGUCCGUACCUCCACCACGGGAGAAGAAGUCCAAGUCUGCGAAAAAGAAGAAGCGCAAGUCCAAACAGGAACGGGACGCUUCACCUGUCGAAUUCGCCAUUGACCCUAACGAGCCCACCUACUGUCUCUGUGAGCAGGUGUCUUAUGGUGAGAUGAUCGGCUGUGACAAUGACCAGUGCCCCAUCGAGUGGUUCCACUUCUCCUGCGUGGGCCUCACCUACAAGCCCAAGGGCAAGUGGUACUGCCCCAAAUGCAGAGGCGACAAUGAAAAGACGAUGGACAAAAGCCUCGACAAGAACAGAAAAGACCGUCGGUCCAGGUAGUGACCCUCAUUGUGAAGGGGCUAGGACUGUCGUAGAUGAUCAGAAUACUCGUGAUGUUGUAAGAGCACAAUCGAACACUGUCAGUAGCAGCGCUUAGUAUUAAUCAAGGACCAGUUGUGAUUGAUCUUGUGCUGUUACAUCACUGAUUGUUUCCACUGGUGGUAACUGUGCUGUAGACUGAAGGAUGUCCAGCUGCUGCAAGAGUCGUCCACUUGAUGCCGCCGCCAUCCUCAAGUGUUUUGCUUUUCGUGGGACUUUGAUUAUUAUUUUUUUUUUUUCACUCUUUAUUUGUUUUGCUGUCAUUUUCUUUCUGGUCAAAAUCCUAAUAAAAAAAAAUAAGAUAUUCCAGCGGAUGAUGAUAAUUUCAUUCAGUUUUGGUCAAACAUAAGAUAUGAUGUAAGAGAUUUGGUACUUGAUGGGACACUGGAAUUUACUUUUUUACAUUCUUUCCUGGGCUUUCAAUAAACCCAUCUCAACCUUUUCCUGUAAACUGUUAGCCAGUCAGUGUCUGAAUUACAGACUUUAGCAGAGGCUGAGCUCCACAUUUGUCUCCCUUAUGAUACUAUUAUUUAAACAUCUUUUUAAUUUUAGCCCAUUUUGAAUCCCUCAGGUCUAGCUACCAAAAGACUAUGUAAACAUCUGAUACAUACCAGAAAUUAUAAUCACUUUUAAUCCACUUAAAAGUUUCCCCUUAAUGAAGGGGACACUAAUGGAAGUAUACUUGUUUUAUAUUUUAGCAGAAGUUGUACGAGACGCUCCAUGCAUAUAGCCAAUAGUACGUUGCGUUUGUGGACAACAUUUUCACCCGCUCACCAUCACUAUUGUGUAAAUUUCUUUUUAUAUUCAUUUAAACAAAGUACUAUUAGUCGGUUAGCUGCCCUGUUUUCUUGAAAAUGUAGCACGCAAACAGUUUUUAUCUGAUUUAGCAAACAGAAUGAUGAGAAUUCUUGAUUAGUCGUGUUAGCAGCUACCAGCGUUAGCUACGAGUUAAAUAUCUCCACAACCACUUGCUUCAAUGAGACAAAAUAUGUCCUUUGCUUGAAAACACUGGAAGUUUUUUCAAUUUGUGACUUUCUGCUCCUUACACCAAAGUCCAUAGAGAAAAUUUGUGUUUUUAGUUCAUGGGAGCUGAUGUUAGGGUGCCGAGUGUGGUAAAGUUGUGUCACAUUUUCUCAAUGGACUUUGGUUACUCUGGCAGUAAAGUAUUAAAUGUCAUUAUUUUAUCUUCAAUUUUUGCCAAGUGAAUUAAAUUGAACGGACACAGACAUCACUUUA